CGCGUCUUUGUCAUCGGGCGGGCCGUCCGUGCGACACGCGAUGCCAAACGUCCAGAAGCUACGCCGGCGAACGUAUCUUCUUCGUCUUUCAAGUGUGUGUGUAGACACGCGCGCGCGCGCGACUUCGGCUUCGAUUUAAACUUCAUCCAACGUCUUUCCCUAUGCCACAUUAGUUGGCUAUUUUUACUCAUCCAACUAUAUACAUACAUAUAUAUAUAUAUAUAUACGUGUGUGUAUGUAUGUAUGUGUGUGGGUGUGUGUGUGUAUUACGUUCCCGACGAGUAGUGUCGUCCGCGUAAUCGUUCAACCAGCGAACCUAACCGGGGAAGCAUCGACGUCACGAGAUCUCUCGGCUGGCAAGCCGAGCGUACCAAGAGAGUAAUCGCGACUAGCAGCGCGAUGUUGAGAGGAUUCUUCGGAUAUGUCGAGUCUCCUCUUUCUCACUUUCUCGGUACCGGCCACGGGAGGCCUUGAGGGAGAGUCAGCGGCGGCGGUCCAUAAAUAUUGGUUCGAGCUUUCAAGGGAUUCGUCACAGCCGGAGACACAGUCGGCGCGCCGGGAUCUCUUCGCCGGGGAAGAGCGUGAUAGCUCGGUGAAUCGCGCUCGUACGUCUCUCGCGCAUCUGUGAUGGAAGCGAAAUGUCGAGGACAACCGCGACGAAAGAGAUGCCCACGUAGACUCGCAAACCCCCGUUCGUUUCCCGGCGCAUCGCGACACACGUGACGGCCAUCGGGGGAAACAUGGCGGAGGCCGAAAAAAAGUACACGUACGCGUACGGACAGCUUCGUAGAUUGACCAGCACGAUAGACGGUCAAACGAGACAGAUGAGUUCUGAAUACGGACUCACGGAGGAUCAGGUGGCAGAAUUCAAGGAGGCAUUCAUGCUCUUCGACAAAGACGAAGACGGCACAAUUACGAUGGCGGAAUUAGGAGUCGUCAUGCGAUCUCUCGGUCAAAGACCAUCGGAGACAGAAUUGCGCGAUAUGGUGAACGAAGUGGAUCAGGACGGGAAUGGUACGAUCGAAUUUAACGAAUUCCUGCAAAUGAUGUCGAAGAAGAUGAAAGGCGCCGAUGGCGAGGACGAACUUCGCGAGGCAUUCCGGGUGUUCGAUAAAAACAACGACGGCUUAAUCUCCUCGAAGGAGCUGCGACACGUGAUGACGAACCUCGGGGAAAAAUUAUCGGAGGAGGAGGUCGACGAUAUGAUCAAGGAGGCGGAUCUCGAUGGUGACGGAAUGGUCAACUACGAAGAAUUCGUGACGAUUCUUACGUCGAAGAAUUAGUUCGGAGGCCUCGAAGACUCAAAGGGAGUAUACCAGAUGUACCAAAAUUGUGGCUCUCCGAGGACGAGAAGAGAAGAGAGGAGCUCGCAGGCUGGGAUUUUUCGCGAUUUUUCGAAAAUCGUAGCGACUGAUCGUCUCACAUGCUCCAUGAAGUCGCAGCGAAGCCGUCGAGAGAGAGAGAGAGAGAGAGAGAGAAAGAGAGAGAGAGAGAAGGAUGAAUAACUCAUCCGGCGACCCGGCUGCUGAACAAAAAAGUAUCGCCGCGCGAAGUCGAUUUCGACAAACGGGGUGCCGUGAGAUCGCGCGUCGCGAUAGUACUUUCGUUGAUGAAUAGCGUGAACGCGUAAAUAGCAGUAAGUAGCAGCCGAGCGGAACGGAGAGAGAGACGGCUCCAUCGGCUCGUCCAACGCUGGAUGUGCAAUCUACCGCGGGGAAGGAUCGACCGAUGAAACGGGAGAAAGGAGGAAACGUACUCUUGCGAUACAAGUACGCGCGUUACUUACAGACGCGCAUGCGCGCGCGUACGGGUUCCUUCGGACUAAUCUUAGGCAAGUACUCGAACUUUAGGUUGUAAUGAUAAACAAUUAACUAAAGAGAUUAUGUCAAAACGACGGAGGGGGAGGGGGCGAGAUCUGCCGCCACCCGGAACAAUCAACCGAGCUUCGUUUUAGACGUACCCUUUAAUCUUUAUCUCCUCCGGUGACUCAACGGAGCGACUUAGAAGUUAAUUAGCUCUCCGCAUCCUCUUAAGCGUUCUGCGAGAAAGCUUGGAGUAUAUUAGUAUACAUAUGCGCGUUUACACGUAAUAGAUCGAUAUAUAUAUAUAUAUAUAUAUAUAUAUAUAUAUAUAGUCGCGCGUUAUCCUCGACGCGACGCGUCGUACCCCGUACUUGGAGUGUGUUUUUACCGCUUAUACUACAUACAAAUACGCGCGCGUAAUAACCAUAAGGUAUAGUCACACGUACGCGUGCAUACAUACAUCUCGUCGUCGCUCUCGUCACCAUCGUCGCCUUAGUGUGUCGACGGGCCGCGACAUAAAGUAACUCGAGGCUUCAACGCGUCGAGCGAAGGCACUCGUAUUAUACGAAUCAUCGUAACGCUGCGCUCUACGGGCUCGAUCGUCACACCGACGAGUCGGAUGGAGGAACUCGCGAGACAUCAGCCGGAAUUAAGUCCAACCGUGUAUCACAUGUGACUAUCGCCGUAAAUAUUGCCGUGAAUAUAUUGCCGUAGAUAUGGAUUGAAACCGAUCGAAUUGUUAUCCGCUACGUCUGCGUUUAUUGUGACAGCUGUUCGGGUGUAUCAUGAAAUAGCUGGAAUAACAGACGAGCCGGCGUAGUUGUCGCGGUAAACGCGGUACAGUGGGGCCGAAACGAGCGUGGAAAAACGUCCUUGGCGAGGUCAGCCGAUGAAUAAUGAUCGUUCGAUUCGUAGUCGCGUCGAUGCGAGAAAGCAGAGGGAAUGAUCGAUCACUGAAUUGCCAUUGAUGUGUCAAUUGGGAAAACGACCGACGCUCGUCGUAAGUAUCGGUUCAACGGUUGGCGCGUAACAGACGAGAAAAAGUGUCGCGGCGGGAGCAUCCCCGGUGAGAGAAGGGGCACGAUCUGUUUUCCGCGCGAUCCCGUCCUAUCACGCCCUCAUUUUACCGCCCCGGAGGGACGAAGCAACAUUGUAAACAUUGUGUCGUAUGUACGUAUAGAGAGAAAUCUUGCGCGCGCGCGCGUUAACACGCAACAUAGACGGAUAGUAUUGAAUAAUCAUAGCGAGGGAUGAAAAGGAAGGAGAAACGUAGGUAUCGCCUUCCAGAUUCGGCGAUUUUACUUUCGGCUCGAUCUAUCAUGAUACGAUCGUGAUAUUCGUAGCACACUCGGGCAUCGUGCGCGUCUGCUCGUUCACACAUUUCGACAACAACAUUAUGUUUUCUCACCGAUUGAUUCGCGAUGAGAGAGACCUGUCGCAGAAUCCGCUGAAUCUAUCGUUUCUUUCGCAACGUCAAGUUUUCCAUGCGUACUCUCCAACGUACGAACGAAUCAUCCGCGGAUCUAGUCACACGACGAACGACGAAUGUCCGCGUACGAUGUAUUCGUUCAAGUCACGCGAAACUUCGCGAGAUAUCAUCGCGACUCUCUCUCUCUCUCUCUCUCUCUCUCUCUCUGCCGGCCUUCUGUACAUGCGAAUUAUUAUAUAUUAUAUACGUAAUAUGAUGUUGCUACCAGAGAACACGUGUGGAAAAACGUGGAUAUUCGUACAUAUAUACAAGAAAGAGCACCGAAAACUGUCGUCUCUCUUUUUUCGCUUUGUAACAGAUAUUAUUAUCUCUAGGGAAUCUGUGAAGGGGCAAAAGUCGUUGCGAAAAGAGAACGCUAUUUAUUUAUAGAGAUAAUAAUAUUGUAACGGUGAGUGAAAAAGGUGCGUGUCGCAGUUUCGAGUGGCUGGUCCCGCUGUACAGGGUGGUUGCGCCAACGUAUCGAGCGGUAUGCCGGUUUGCCGCUGGUAAAAAGGGCACGUGUGAGAGAACGCGCCGCGCGGUCGCGCGCCUUCUCUCUCUCUCUCUCUUUCACUCUUAUCAACGGUAACCCAGCACACUGCUCAAUAUAUUGACGCAACAUCCUUUACGUCACGCUUCGUAUCAACGUUCGUAGCUCGUUUAUACGCUUCAACGUACGAAUGCCAAGAUGUAUGAGGAAAAUAUACAUAUAUAUCUUCGACGCGCGCCGAGUGCGCUCGGAAUGGCUCACCGUGUCCCGGUCGGUCGUUAUUAUAACGCGACAAAUGAAUAAGGUAACAUGCGCACCGCGCUCAGAGCGCGUCGACUGUAAAUAACUACACCUAAGAGAGAUUAAUGCCGAUCAAUGUAUAUGUCCUCCGCCCGCGCUCUACACAUAUGCACGCACGCAUGCACGCGCGCGGCAUGAAGCGAGAGAGAGAGAGAGAGAGAGAGGGAGGGAGGGAGGGAGAGAGAGAGAAAGACGAGAAGAUAGAAGAAUAACACAAAUACUUUGCCGCACACCGUCAGUUAUCUUGUCCAAUCGUCAUAUCGUUUGUGAAUAUGAAAUGAGCCGUGCGACAGAUGUAUGAUAAAAUGUUCGUACACGCAAUGGUUCGCAAUGCACACAGCAAUACUCUUUCAACGCGUUAUGUUUCAUCGAGAGGCUUGGAUAAAGUCGAGUGUAGCUAAUCAGAUCAACGAAUCGAUACCGCGUGUACGGCCUGUUGAAAAUUUCCCGGAUGGAUUUCCCACGGGGGGCGUAUAGGAUGCGAGAAAAUUGACACAGGAAUCCGCAUGGUGCCGUGAGAAUUCGCAUCGGGAAUCCACUUGGAUUGUUACACAGGUUUUUCGAAUCCCCCGAGGCGGGCACGGGAUUCCGUAUGGAUUUCCACUCUGGUCUUUUUCAACAGAUCUCUCUCAUUACUACUACAGAAGCAAACACAGCUUAUAUCCGAUAGAACACUGCCGUGAUGUCUGACGGAAAUCCGCUUGUCGUCGAUCGUUGAUGUAUAAAUUUUUGACUCUCAACGAAAGAGGAGUAAGCCGCAACUAAAGGAAGUCAUUCUCAUCAUUUCUCAACACACACGCAGAUAUAAUACAAUUAUGCCGCUUCCGAAAGUUAUUGAAUCAUCGGUAGUCUCUCUUAUCUCGGCAGUGCGUGGUGCUCACAAAGCACACUAAGAAAAGACCACACCGAUAAAAUGGAGGGUGUCGAAUCUGUAAAAUAUACGACGACAUGCGGGCGUGUCAUUUGUCGCGUUUUAACGCGAAUGCGCAGAAGCAAGAAGAGACAGUCGUGUGUUUUUGACAAUAAUAUAUUUUCAUAAAGCUUUAUCCAUCCAAACGUUCCAACGCGCACGUUAUCUUUCUUUCUAUCGAACAGCAUUGUUUAACGAUAACGUUAAUCAAACGUUAAUCAUCGAUCGAGAUGCUCUGCUCCCCCCCUUCUCUCUCUUUCUCUCCAUCUCCCUCUCUCUCUCUUUCUCUUAUGCUCGAUCAACGCAAUAGUAGCGCAAAGUCCGCGACUCGCGAAAGCCGCGCGACUUUGAAAUUAGGCGUCAUGAGCGAAUCAGCACGGCAAACGACGACACUUUUGCUCCCCAUAGGUCUCGAGGGAGGAAGUAUAAAUACGGCUUUAUAAUACGUCACAAACAGCAAUGUAUAACGUCCUAACGACAAUAUCUUAAUGGUUUAAUGACGAGAGAAACUCACACCGAGGAAGCAAAUAUACGCUGGUACGAAGCGAUCGCGAAAUCGUAUUUUUUGUCGUUCUCAGGAUAUCCUGUACGUUUCAACGUCGCCCUCCAGAAGUAAAGAGUAUGCGCGAGUCUUCCUUCCGAUAUGUAUAUAUAUAUAUUUAUAAUUAUAGUCGCGAGACUAUCCUCCGUUUUACAUUCGGCUCGCUGUUAUCGUAUCGAGCCAAACUCCAAAAGAAGGAAGCGGGACUAUUCCGGUAGAUCGAGGCGAGACUUGUCGAUUUUAAUCUCGACCGGAGUUAUAUCGAUGUUUCGCGUACGUACGUUAUCGUACGCACGUCGCGUGCGCAUCAUAGACCAAGUCUCGUUCCAUCGAUGAUCGUAGCGGCGCCGACUAGCGAUUUCUUUUCCUUUACCUUACAUUUCGUUAUUCGAUAUACAUCGUAUGUACAGCUAUGGGCUGGCUUAAGGUAUGAUUCUCUUCGUCGAGAGUCUGCUGUUUCAAAUAUUUUACAGACUACGAUGCGUAAUUGUGUUAGAAAUUAUAGAGAAAUUUAUCGUUGUCAAUAAAUAAAGGAAUGAUGUGUCAGA